AUGAGUGCCAUACAUCGCAACACGAGGGCAGGGCUACCUAGCCCCAAAGUCUGCCAACCGUUCUUGCGUGGCAGCUGCAAAUUUGGAGAUUCAUGUCGAUCUUCUCAUCAAGCAGGGAAGACAGGUUUACUACCAGUGAUGAGCGGCAAACCGGCCUUCCCCCCACCUUCACCUUGCAUCUUUUUCGCUCAGGGUACUUGCAGGAAGGGAGAAACUUGUACUUUCCUCCACGUCGGCCCUAGUGUGGAUCCGCGCCCCAUCGUCAGAGGCAGUGAGCCUGCCAGUGUGCCAUCCGUCUUUGCGCCAUGCAAGUUUUUCCUUCAGGGAAAGUGCACGAAAGGCAAGGACUGUCCUUUCCCGCAUCCAGAGGGGCAUAACCCGGUAUGCGAGUUCUAUGCACAGGGAAAAUGCCGCUUUGGGCCGAGGUGCUCGUCCAGCCAUGACUUGACGAAUAAACAAAUGCAGCGCAGCUUUUUCCAUUGUAAAGUACUGUUCGGUCCCGGUGCGACCAUCCAGAGCAUCACUACCUCCUUCGAGUCACGUACAGUCGUGAUAUCCAACAUCCCAGACGAUCAGACUCAAGGCACGCUUAUCGCCGUGCUAGAACCGUUCGGUAGACUCAGCAGCAUAGCACUUACGAGGGAUGCGGAGGCUGCUACCGCGCGCGCUACUUUCUUCACCAUCGAGGAAGCUUCGGAGGCAGUGCGUGGACUCGCGGGCUCCGGCAUGCAACUGAAGAUGGAUUUGAAAGCGGUAGAGAGUGGAGAAGCAACUUUGCGAAGCACAAAGGUCAAGGUAGGAUGGUUCGCUCCCCGCCGGAUAGGAUGGGCGCAUUAUGGAAAGAUUGCCGAUGCAAAGAGGAGCGCAGAGAGACUGAACGGUUCUACGUUCAACGGUUAUAAGCUGGAGGCCAAAUUCCAAAUUCCAUCCAUACAUCAGACGACAUCAUUCUCAGUCGAGAUCAAGGGUCUUCCUAUGAGCACGACAGACUUUCAUCUGCAGAAGUUCUGUGGGAGCCAAUGCAAGUCUGUUAUGUUGAAGGAGGCCAUGUAUGACCGCCAGAGUUCCCUUUUGGAUGUCGAGGAGCAGCUCAAGCAGUUCGGUACUUUGGACAGCUUUGAUGUCUUGCCGGAGGACAAGCAAAAGUCAAAGAUAUCUGCGUUCGCUCAGUUCAUCAAUCCUGAUGAUGCGGCGAGGGCUGUAGAGCAACUUCAGAAACAGCCGCAGUCGUUCCUCAAUCGAUCUCCCAUGUGGCUGGAACUCAUUCAUGCCGUCAAAUACAAUAUUCCCUCUCCAUUAUUUGCCGUCAUCAAACCGUUACUGGAAGAGAUGAGAGAGCACCACCACGACUGCAAGCUCAGAUUUUAUGAUCGGAAUGCAGCUGGAGAGCCCCUUGACAUCGUUUGCAUCAGGCUCUUUAGCGGAGAUCCCAAGUCGCUCGGGCAGCUCAAGGAUAAAGUCGAAAAGAUGCUUGAUGGCAGAAAGUUGAUGGACGGAGCUGGGAAGAUUAUGUGGGACGACUUCUUCAUCACCGAUGAAGGGAAACAGUACUUGGAGGAGUUCGGCGACGUACAUAUUUCGUGCGACUCCAGGAAACGGGAGAUUCACGUGUAUGGAAACGCUGCGGAGUCGGUGAUUGAUGCUUUAGGGAGGAAAUGCCAGGCAUUGAAGUCCGCUCCAAAUGUCAUCUCCCUCGACCGUGCCAUGCUGAGCCAGUUGAUCAAAGGUGGCCUCAAAACUAUGCAGGAGAGAUUCGGUCGGGCAAACUUUACUAUCGACGUCGCGAUGCGGUCAUUGAUGGUAAAAAAGAGCGUGGACAUUGAUCAGAUUCGGAUGACUUUGGCAACAUUAGACCACGGAGACGGUGAACGGCCAGGAGACGAUGCUUGUCCAGUCUGUUGGUGCGAAAUUACCAACCCGAUUACGCUCAAGUGUGGGCACUCGUAUUGCAAAGAAUGCUUGCAACAUAUGCUCCUCACGACCGACUCGGCUUCCCCAUCUCCUCGAUGUGUGAAGGAAGUCGACGGGCAUUCAUGCACCGAAUACGUCGAUGUUGGUAUUAUACGCAAACUACUUUCGCCCGAACAAGAAAGUCGCUUGCUCGAGGUGGCUUUCCUUGCGCACAUCCACGCAAGGCCUGAGGAAUUUAGGUAUUGUCCUACACCUGAUUGCCAGGUUGUAUAUCGGCCUGCGAACGAAGGGACCGUCCUCGUAUGUCCAUCAUGCUGGGGGAAAAUAUGCGCCUUUUGCCAUGUGCAGUUUCAUGAGGGGCUGGCAUGCAAACAACAUCGUGAGAAUAUGGAGGGUGGAUAUGAGGCAUUCCAAAGGUGGAAGGCUGAACAUGGGGUCAAAGAAUGUCCGAGUUGCAAGGCUGUGAUAGAAAAGAACGGAGGCUGCAACCACAUGACCUGCGCACGAUGUCACACUCAUAUCUGCUGGGUUUGUAUGAAGACUUUCAAGGAGGAUGAUACAUCAGGCGGGGUGUAUUCGCAUCUCAGGAAGGCGCACGGAGGUAUAUCCUGA